UAACCGUCAUGUUUUAUCAUUAGUUGCUGAGGACGCUUGCUGUUCUUGACAUUCUUGGUUUUAUUGCCUUUCCAAACAAUAUGAAGAGGAAAUAGUAAGAUAAAGUCACAGAACCAAACCUUCAUGUCCUAUCUUUGAGUAUCAGUACAGAUGAGAAUAGACCAACCAAGCACUAUGUCUGGAUUCAACACAAAUACCAACAAAAAGGAGGAUGUUUCCACCAAACUUAAAGCUAUGUCGAAUUAUACCAAUAUCAGGAAAGCUAAAGGAGAAACCAAACUCCUAGAGACGGAGAGUAAAAAGAUGGAGGAGCGGCUCAAGGAGCUGAGGAUGGCUAUGAACAGGGAAAAGGAGGAGAGAGAGAGACAGGGGGGAGGAUACUGGAGUCGUGGUCAGACUGGCAACCUCAACAACUACGCCUCCGAUGUACUCAGCCAAAAACCUGCUAAGGCUCCUCCAGUCAAGGAUGGCAAGAGGAAAGUAAAAGUACUAAAAGAUACACCAUUAGAUAUACCAGAGAGGCCCAAACAUCCUGGCACUAUGGCAUACAUAGCUAAACAAGACGCUGUACUCACCCCCAGAAGUAGGAACGUUAAGGGGCCCAAGUGUGGUCAGUGUGAGGAGAAAAAGGCUGCAGUGUCAUGUGUACAGUGCUCAGAACAUUACUGUGCCAGCUGUUUUGCUGCCUUCCAUCUCAGAGGGGCCUUAAAGAAACACAGAUCAGUUCCUCUCUCGGCAUCAGGCCCCCGGGUGUGUAUGUCACCACGACCCCCACAGCCAAGUAAUGGAGACAGGAGUAUAGAUUUCCAUGCCCCACCCCCAGCAGAGAGAGCUGAAGACCGGUACCUUGCAAAGAUUCGGGCACAAAGGGACCGUAACAGCCCGGAGGGAGCCAGUGGAUCCUUUGAUCAGAACGGUCUGAUUGGAGGGGAGUAUGAUGAGGCUGAGAGUGCAGCGUCUUUUCAGCAGGCUCUCUUGGCAUGGAGAACCGGUGAUGCUCCAACGACCCCACCUAAAUCUGCACCCAAACCGGCACCCAAGCAGCGUAACAGUCCCAGGAAGGUAGCCUACUCUCCUGUCAGAACUCCAACUGUACAAGUUGAGUUUGGGACAUCAACAGUAGAAGAAAAAGAAAAUAUUGAAAUAAAAUUCACUUCUACGAUGUCCUAUGCUGAUCGACUUUUACUGAAAAAGCACAGAAGGACCGAGGUGGGUAAGAUGGCGACACCCCGACUGGGGGACUGGGAGGGGCAUGAUGAGCCUGACCCGAGGUCCAGGUCUAUCACCCCCUUUGGAGAUCACAGGACCAGAGAUCAGCACCAAACUCCACGUCAGGACCCGUGGCUGGCUGGACCAUCCACACCCAGGGUGGAGCCACUGUUCUCAUCCAGAGAAGACGAAUUUUCAGUACAACCAGUCAACUUCCAAUCCCUGUAUGAAGCGGUCAAGUAUUCUGAGUCGGCGUCCAGCCAGCCAUCACGAUCAGUCAGUGGGGGAAUGACCAUUGAGGAGAUAGAUGGCGAUGCUGUUAGCCCACUGCCGAGAAGCAUGUACUGUAAUAGUGCUAUGAAGAGAGUGGAGGAGACGUCAGCAUGUCUGGUUCAGGAGCUAGAUGAUCCACAAGCAUGGACUCUGAACCAGAAUGGAUCAUCCUCAAACUAUCAUCAAAAUGUGGUUACAGACGUCACACCACCAAAAUCACGCAAAUCACGCAGAACACCAAGGACACCUGGUGGUAAAUCCAAGUCUCGCCUUCAGACUGGCCCAGUCAUACAAUCCCCAGAUCCUGAGGACUAUGAGAGAGUCCAACCACCUCUGGAGGAAGAGCCCAAUCUUGCCAAGUCUAAGCACAAUAGGGCUAGGAAAAGUUACGUUGAAUAUUCACCCUCGGAUACAUCAAGAACACAGCCUCCUACAAUGAUAGAUACAGCAACAACAAAACCACCAUCGUCUUCAGCUAAGUCACGUCCUCAGUCCAGUGCUAAAUCUCGGCCUCAGUCAUCUGCUAAGUCACGACCACAAUCAUCAGCUCGCACCAAGAGUCGUCAGAACAGCUACAACAUAUCACGCCCUAGUUCCAGGGCCAGGAGUCGGGCAGGCUCCCGCAUGGAAGGGGAGGGUGUGCUGACCAAGGGCCCUAGUCAAGGCCUGCUCCAUGUUGCCAUGAUGAACAAAGAUGACAGUCUAGGAGACAAGCAGAAAAGUUAUAGCUCAGCCUUCAAUGAAUUCUUCAUGCUCGGUGUGCAACCAGAACAGACGGACAGAACAAUGACACCAUCCAAACAUAAGGACAGUCGUACUGACAAGGUCAAGGUCAGCAGUCAGUUGUACCAGAUGGCCCCCCGAUCAUGGCGUCCUGACAGCAGCCUGGCAGAUAAUGUUGACACAGAGAGCAUACAGAAGGACGAUGCUGCCAUGGAGAUGGUUGAGGCGACGACACCAGUACCUCUUGAUAUUACAGACCAACCAAACCCUCUUGACCUUGGGGGGCGGGCUAGUGUCCUAUCAUUCAUCAACAAUGAGAUGGACUCCAUUACCCAGAAGGCCGAGGCCAACAUGGUGUCUCUUCUCACCAAGGAGCUCUCAUUUGAUGAUGAAACAGAAUUACAGUUUGGAAAUGAUUUAGAAGAAGAAGAUGAUGACUUCCCUGACUUACCACCAACACCUACAAAUCUAAAAGUAACCACACCCCGUCCUAGUAGUAGUGUACGGUCACGCCCCGACAGUGGUACACCUCGUCCCAGCAGCUCUGCCUCCCGAUCUGCCAGUCACAGGAAUCGAGGCUCUGACAGACCAGGCAGUAGUUUCUCUGUCAGGUCAUCAACAGUCACACCCCGACCAGAGGACAUCACGCCGCGACCAGUCAGUGUGACCAAAAGGUUUAACAGCACCACCCCUCGUCCUAGCAGUCGGUCAAGGUCACAGGUCCAAGAGGACGGGCGUGAGUCGCGAGCUAUAAUUGUGGACGGGGAAGACAUGAGUACAUAUGACCUAGAGGAACAACGGGAAUCCACCUUCUUAGAAGACCAGGAAACUCUGGACAACUUGGAAUGGGAGCUUGCCUCGGAGACGGGAAGGAUUACAGCUGAUGGUAAGGUUUCUCGCAUGGAGAUGGGGGAUUCAGGCAGCACUGGAAGUGCAGACAGUACUCGUUCCUUCAGCCGUAUGAGUCAACAGGACCAGGGAUACGACAUCAACUCCAGAUUAAGGGAAGAUGAGAUGACGGAUGAUGGAGAGGAUGAGGAUGAUUUUGAAGAUGAAGAAGAUGUUAGGGCUCUUCACUGAGACAUCGGAUGGCAUUGAAUGGCAAAGUUUAUCAGAUAUUGUGAGAAAUGUGUUUGUACAAAAAUGGACAGAAUUUAUUGAUCAUAUUAUAAUUAGGGAGAAUAUGUUCUGGAUGCUAAGGGAUAUGUGCAGUUAAAACUAUAAUAGUGGGAUUAAAACCCUUAGUCACCUGUACCGCAACUAUUAUAAAGUAGUGUCAGAAUAUCUUAUAGUUGACUUAUUUAAACAAAGACAGAUAAAAUCCUUUUUUUAAGCUAGCUGUGUGGUAUCGGGGACAUUGACCCAGUAAGUUAUUUUGUGUUAGAUCACUGCCCAUUAUAACUCAUGUACAUGUUUAAUGAAAUACCCAUACUUGCCAACUCUCCCUAUUUUGGAGGGAGACUUUGG